GCGAGCGGAUGUUGUUUAUGACCGACAUUUUCCUGUGAAAAUAGUAUUUGGACUAGAAUUGUAUGUAAAUUUGGGUAUUUUACCUACGAUCGAACAAUAUUUUGCAUUAGUUAAAAUAUUAAAAUGACCUCUUGAACAAGGAAAACUGAAUUAGUUAGUUUGGAAUGGUUUGAGGGCAUUUUUAGACGAAAGUUUUUUUUCGUUGCCAAUAUAGCGGGAAAUCUACAUUGUGACGCGCUCAAACUCUGUUAAUUUGUCGCGAAGGCUGGUGAAGUGUCGUAACAGAUUGUUAUGUGGUUACUUACGCUCUGACAGUGGAUCUUGGUGGUAUAUUUAGAUUUGACAAUGUCAGAGGAAAUGGCGGUUGGUGAUAAGGCACCAAGUGAAGAAAAUAAAGUUGGUGAUACGGACGCGAAGAUGGAGGCGACGGACUCCGUGGCAGCCUCGGAGCCCCCCAUAGAGACCACAGCGGCUGAACCUGAACAACCAUCAGCACCUGUGGAAGAUCCUCCAGAUGAAGAUCUCCCGGAAACAAUUGCAGCUAUUAUUGAAGAACUAGGCAAAGAUGACAACAUAGGCCGCAGUGACAACAUAGAAACAACUGACAUUGAUAUAAAAAAUGAUAUUGAAAAUAAAAACGCAAUUGACAUAAAAAAUGACCCUGAAGUUAAAGAUGAUGAUAUAUAUCAAGAUGUUAAAAAUUACAAUGAGGAGAAAAAUGAGGAAGGAAAAAAUAAAGUUGAUAUUGAAGAGGCAAAAAUUAAAACUGUUGUACAAGAGGCAGAAAUAAAAGUUGACCCAGAUGAAGGAGAAAUUAAAGAAGGAAAAGAGGUGGAAAAGAGCAAUAUUCCUAAAGUGGAAGCUACUAGAGGUGUUAAGCGUAGAGCCUCCACCGCAUUCAGUGAUGAUGGAAUGGAGGAGUUUAAGGGCUUUGAAAACUGUGUGUCAAGUAACCUGCCAGACUAUAGUCGCAUUGUUGAACGUCUAGAGGCGGAGGUGUCAGCGGCUGCCAAGUCGUACAAACCGUUGAAGACAGUGAUGGCCGCGCCAACGCCUAGAGCCAGUAAACGAGCCCGGCAAGACACAGAUAGUUCGAGGCCAUCAUCCGCUUUAUCUUCUAGAUCUGAAGGUGAUACGGCGAUGUCUACAGAUGCAUCGCCAUCGCCGGCGGCCCGCGGCGGUCGGCGCGCCACGGUGGAGAUGUCGUCGCCACUGCUACGGGUGCCGCUAGAGCGCGGUUGGAAACGCGAGCUGGUGUACCGCGCGGCCGGCGCCACUGCCGACAACCCAAACCGCCGCAACGCAGACAUCUACUACUACACGCCACUGGGGAAGAAGCUACGCUCCACCAGAGAGGUCUCCGAACACUUAUCUGGCACCGGAUUGACGUUAGAGAACUUUUCAUUCUUCAAAGAACCGUUAGGAAUAGAUGAUCCCGAAAAGGAAAUCAUACGGGAUGCGAAAGUACUACGUCGCGUGGAAUCUCCAGUGCUGGCCGUGACGCCGACUACAUUGGAAAGCAAAAGAACGCCGAAGCCCAAACCGCCAAAAGGGGCCAGUCCAGAACCCGUUACACCAAAGUCUCCGCCUGCUAAAAUUAAGGUCAAAUCCAUGGGAUCCCGGCUAAGCAGCAACGGGACUACUCCGAAGAAUACGAAAAAGCAGCCGCAAACACCAACGCAGCCGCAACCGCAACCGCAGCCUCUGCAAACGCAGCCGCAACCAGCACCAACGCCUGCUGAUAACAACAACACAGCCGCUUGGAAAAAGCCCAGGGGCCCGCCGCCGCUGCAGCCGCGCCCCUCACCGCCGCCCCCGCAACCGCCGGCGCCAGUUGCGCACGCGCACAGGGAACACCACCAGCUAGGUCGUCAAAUGCUACAGCCUUGUUCACUGACUUGCGGUCGCGGGGUGCCUUCUCUGGCCUGUGCCGCGUGUCUCUGCCUCUACCACCCGUCGUGCGUAGGCUUCGUCACAGCAUUGCCACCAGAUAGAUUCUUAUGCAAGAACUGUCGCAAAUCAUCAUCGCCACCUCUCGAGCCACCUCCCCUCGUCCACAAGUCUGGAAUGAGCACCAGCACACACCACUCGCAAUUGCCAAGCGUGCCCAACAUAGCUGCCAACAUACCCGCCAACACGUCGACUCCGAGGCGACUGCCAGUUCCCGUACCCGUGCCCGCUAAAGUACCGAAAAGUGAUAAACGAGUGCUUUUGAGAAUGAAGGUUGCAGGCGGCGGUCCAGACGGAGAACGAGUGUGGGCGGUCGCUAAACCGACUACCCCAAGUGCUCCCUCACCGCUACCGGUCUGCAGACCGUCCCUUCCGCAGUCACUGGCCAUCCUGAAUGGGAGGCGUGAAGGUGUGAAGACACUUCGGAGUCGUAUCGCGAACGGCUCCGCGUCCCCGCCCGCACCAAUGCAGUCGCCGCGGCGCCGCGGACGUACCAAGGCGGACGACACCGACCACUUCACGGCCUUCCAGAACAAGGCGCAGGAGAAUAACUACAACAUAGCAGUACAGAUAUUCCAAUACCUGGGCAUGCGCGACCUUUCAAGAAGCGCGCGCGUUUGUAAACUAUGGCAGCAGUUGGCAGCGACGCCAGCGCUCUGGAGACACGUACGGAUGAAAAAUUCACACGUGAGCGACUGGGCGGGGUUGUGUUCUGCGCUAAAACGCCACGGCACGCGCUGGCUUGACCUGCGCAAAAUGCUCCUGCCGCCAAACGAUGCGCUCUUCUGGGAUCACUUCGCGCAACACAUAGGAUCCGUUGAUACGCUCGAAAGGUUAGAGUUAUGCCGCUGCCCCGCGCGAGCAGUGCAAGCGGCAUGCGAAAGGUUACCCGGUCUGCGGGCGCUUGCGGCUCCAGCAAUACGCGACGCACGAUUGGACCCCUCCCCUCUCGCCGGCCUGCCCAGAUUAGAAUUGCUACGUCUCAAGAGUCUAGCAGGGCUAUCCCUCACACGGGACCUGCGCCCGCUGGCAGCGCUAACGCGACUACAGCACCUCUCCCUUACGUCCAUAAAGGAGCUAGGCUGGUGCGCCUGCGAAGUUGUCGGCCAGCUUGAGCAGCUGGAAUCCUUGGAGCUGGGGGAAUGUUCCUUCGGUGGAUCCUUCGCGGCAGCCUUGGGCAAGCUCGUUAAGUUGCGGAGGCUGAGGCUCGAGCGAGGUGUGGCGCACUGCGCGGCGCCGGCACUACUGAGGGCGCUAUCCGUCCUGCCCAAGCUAACGAGGCUCGAACUGGUCAAUUUUGACGUCAAGGUCGGCUUCGAUGAUGCCCUCGCGGAAUGCAAAAACAUCCAGAGACUCCUCAUCAUACCCACAUAUGUUUCACAAUCUGCGACCACUAACAAACAGGUGCUAAGCGGCGUGCUGCGGCUAAAGGAAACCCUGACCCACCUGAUGUGGGGCGUCACCAUCGAGCUACUGCGCGUCACGGAGCUGUUCAUCGACCAGUGCGAGGCGGGCGAGGGGGAGAGCAAGCGACGCGACGUUGGGGAAUGUAUCCCCGUGCUCAAGCCAGUGCCCGGCUGCCGGCUGCCCGACGACCACCGCACCGUCGCGGGCCCGCCCCAGGUGGAGAUCCUGCCCAUACCGACGCUGCAACGCCUGCUCGCCGCCCAGCUGCCCAACACGAAGCUGAAGCUGUUGCGUAUCCCGUUCCACGCCACGUGGCGCCAGUCGCUGGCGGACUUCCAGUAGCAUCCCCCCCACCCGUCCUACAACCCUUUAUACCGUUUACAGGUAGGGCGUCCCAUUCUAUACACUACUGCUCCAACGUUGAUUGCUGUGAACUAAAUUGAAAUUUAUAGUAGGUAUACGAAAUGCAAACAAUCUUAGUAUGCCUUUAAAUUAAUAUUUGUAUAACAAAAAUUUGAAAAGUUACAUUUUAAGGUGAAUUCCUCAGUUAGUUGGUCACAGGGCGGCACUUUAUAUGUUUGUCUGUUUAUAGGUGAUGUUUUUAUAUUCAGUUACCAUCAGAUUGGCCAUCCACUUUGUCCGUCAAUUAUUACUAUAAAAAAAGGCUUUAUUCAAAAUUUAAAAACAUAUCUGUACAUUAAUUCAUUUUUUAUCCAAAAGAUUAAAAGGCAUGUUGAAAUUGUUCACGUUUUGUUAAUUACCUUCUGAACGGACACGGUGUUUGCGGGACGUAUAGCUGACAUUCGAAUCUAUACGCAAGCAAAAUUUUCGAAUAUCGAAUAACAAGUUUGUCGGGUCUCGCGGUAAGAUCUUAUUAGCCGAUUCCCCUAUAAAAAUAGAAAACUUUUUGUCCACAACUUUUUAUUUAGAGAAAUAACUGUAGCGUUAUGGUCAUAAAAAUUUACGCAGUGACAGACACAACAUCAGCUUUGUUCUCGUUUAAAGUCAAGUAGUAAUAUGGAUUACUAAGGCAACAGAAAAAAGGUUAUAAUCCUUGAUUAUAUUACAACCAUAAUACACACGUAAGUGCGAUUUUAAAUAGGUCAAAGUUGGUAGGUUGUCAAGUUUUUUUUUGGUUCCGUUAAGGUAUUGAAAACUGUAAUAUAAAAUUUUUUUAAAGUUCAAUUAUUUCUGUAAUUCAAGUAUUGUUUAUACUUUGUACGGUUGGUAUAUCCGUUUUGCAACAAGGCUUGCCUUAAAUGGAAAAAUCCUUAUGCAUGCCAUGUUCCUAAGACAGGCUAUGCUUUGAUAUGUGUAUGCUAACCACUGGUCUUGUAUCUGACAUCCGGAUUUGUUUGCAAUAAAGAACGAUAUAUUAUAUUUAUUUGUAUGGUCAAAACUUUUAGUUUGUGUACAAUGAAAUACUUGACGAGUGACUUUAAAAGUUUUUAAUUCAACUACUAUAUAAUAUCAAAUAAUACAGUUGAGAAGGGAGUGAGUGCCACUGCUUAUGUAAACCAAAUAGCUGAAUGAAGCUAUAGGUUAACAAGUAUUGGUUAUACUUACAGCUUCUUUUUUUACAUUAUAAUCUAAUGUACAAACAUUUUACUUAGUUCUUUAUAGCUUCUUUAUGAACCUUAUAAUAUUUGUGACUAAAAUGUACACUUUAUGAUGGCCGGACUUAAAAUAUAUUAUAUAGCCCAUAUCUUAUAUGGUUUAAAAUUUUAAUAAUCUUUCUAAUACUUUUUAGAUGAAAAUAUGUCUUAAAGGUAAGAUAAUAAUUAUGGUGUCAAAAAAUAUUUUUAUUGUUUCUAUAUCUUUUUAUGUAUUUCUUAUAUUUUGAAAACAUAUUUUUAACUAAGAUGUUACAGGAAGAUUGUCAACUUUUCAAACAAAAUAAAUUGGCAACAAUUAACGAAAUGACAAAGAGAAAAGAGAAAAAGAGGUAGAUAAACAUAAUUUCGGCCAUCAUAACGUGCCGCUUCUUUAUGUGACAGAAGCUAACCGAUGCACGAAUCUGUUUUAUUUAUUUAUUUAACUUAGAAAAACACACUUUAUUUACAAUAAAAAUACAAGAAAGAUAAAUGAUGCGGCUAUCAAAAUGAAAAUAUUCAUUAAUUCAGCCAAAAACUACUAUGCAGCACUGACAAGGGCAGGAGUCAUUUUCUCAACAGGGAAAGGAUAAAAUGUUUAUCUUCUCCAACAGUUUUAUCCACUAUCCGAGCAUGGGCUCAGGGGUGAAAAUAAUGUCAGUUUAGUAAUAAACGGCGGUUUACCUCUCCUUUUCCCCGUGGCAGUGCUUUGGUAUGUGGACAUAAACGGGGGAUAAUAUUUUUUUCUCCUGCCAAUGCUAGCCGGCCAGAUAUAAAUACUCGUUUUGAUGGUAACAACGAAUG